ACCAACUGCAUCUAAUAUCUACGAUGAAUUAUUAAGAUGGUAUAAUUUGAUAUAUUGGAAUUCUGCAAUAUAUAAAGAUGAAUUGGCAAUAUUAAAAGCAUUUCAGGAUGCAGAUGCGAUUAUUCCAACAUUAUCAACCAAAUUAUCAGUUUGCCCCAAAGAUAAACUAACAA